CUGGCGAUGUGGCGCGCGGCGUGUCGGUUGGCGUCGGCUGCUGGGGCUGUCGGGGCAGGUGGGGACGGCGCGGCGGUGCGCACUCUUGCUCCUGCGAUCUGCCAGGCGCGUCGUAGUCGGAGCUUUCGCCCUGCGGACGUCCCGUCGCCGCUUCCUUUUCUCGGCCUGAGGGGCGGGGCGGUGUGGCCUGGAAGCGGAGAACGUAUUUCUCUUAGAAAGAUCAGUAUUGCAACCAUGCCAGAAAUAAACACAGAUGACCUGGAUAAGCAGCAAGUACAGCUGCUGGCAGAGAUGUGUAUCGUUAUUGAUGAAAAUGACAACAGAAUUGGAGCAGAUACCAAGAAAAACUGCCAUCUCAAUGAAAACAUUGAAAAAGGACUGCUGCAUCGUGCUUUCAGUGUUUUCUUGUUCAAUUCAGAGAACAAACUGCUUUUGCAACAAAGAUCAGAUGCAAAAAUCACUUUCCCUGAUUGUUUUACCAACACCUGCUGCAGCCACCCCCUCAGCACACCAUUGGAACUGGAAGAAAAUAACACAAUUGGUGUUCGACGAGCAGCACAAAGACGAUUGCAAGCAGAGCUGGGGAUUCCAAUGGAACAGGUAACUCCAGAAGAAAUCUUCUACCUGACUCGAAUUCACUACAAAGCUAGGUCCAAUGGGAUCUGGGGAGAACAUGAAAUAGAUUAUAUCUUAUUUGUGCAGAAGAAUGUGACGUUGAAUCCAGAUCCGAAUGAAAUUAAAAGCUACUGUUACGUGACACAGAAUGAACUGAAGGAACUCCUGGAAAAGGCGUCACGAAAUGAAGUUAAGAUUACUCCCUGGUUCAAACUGAUUGCAGAGACUUUUCUUUUCAAGUGGUGGGAUAAUUUGAAUCAUCUGAAGAAAUUUGUGGAUCAUGCUAAAAUACACAGAAUGUAAAAUAUGCACUAAACUAAAAGGGUGCAUGUUUGAAUGACUGUUCUUCAGCAUACUGCAAUGGCAAUUUAAUAGGAAGAAUGAAGGGAAUUUACUUGUAUGUGGGAUUGUUUGGAUGACUUGUUGCUUGCCUUGUGCCUUUCACAUAAACAAUGUUUGUAUUGCUAACAAACUAGGGAGUAUGCUCCUGUCAGAAGUUGCCACUAGCACCUGAAAUUUCAGUACUUAAACUGGCUACUUUUCCAGGUAGGUGAGGUGUAUGCUGGUCAGAAUCCAGAGAACCCAUGAAACUCAGUUCCCUAAUGCAGCUUUACCUGGGAAAGUGCUUUGGAAAAUACCAACUUCUAGAGCAGCUUGAGAUAGCAAAGAGAAGGGAUCAGCUACUGCAUGACAGUGCACAAUCCCACAGGGUAUAUAGAAGCAGAGGGCAGGGAAAUGAAUGGGGGGGCCAGCUGUAGCUUCUAGCCCUAAAGGCUAGACUACCAUCAGAGAUGCUACGAAAGGCAAUUAGGCCUCACCCACCCAAGACCUGGCAUGUUUCAGUCACAUAUUUUGAGUGUGUUGGACAGCUGCAGCCUCAGGUGUAAAGCAGGGUUAGAGGCCCCAGCAGUACCUGUUCAUUUGGAAAUGCACCACUGCACUCAGCUAAAUCAACUGUUUUUGCAGCUAGCAAAAAAAGCAGGUGGUGUCAUUUCACAACAAGGAAGAUCAAGUCAAUGCUGCUAAGUACAAAAUCUAAAAAGAAUUCCUUUGUGUGAAUUAAGAAAAAUCAAAACUCUCAUGAACUUCUUAGAUUUUCAGGUAGACCUGGGUUGAAAGGCAAUAGUGUAGUGCUUUACAGAAUCUAAGAAAGUUGGGACUCUAGGAACAGUCCAUUAUUGUGUUUUUAAUUACUGAAAGAUCUUUUGAGUCAUAAAAGUCUUAACUUAUACUGCUUUAAACAAAAAAUAAAAUUGCAAAUGGUAGAAAUCUUUCUCAGUGGUUCAAAGUGUAGAAGUGUUGACUAGUUUGUAAAAUAAGUAUUUUGUACAAAUUUAUUUUCCCCCUCGAAAAAUAAAAAGAACAUGA